UCUCGGCGUGAGGGGGAAUGGCGGCGGCGGGCGGGGUAGCUUGAGGCGAUGGUCGUGAGUUGGUGUCGCUGCGGCGGGCGCUAACGAGCCCCCACCGCCCCGCGGGCUGCGGGAAGAGCCGUGUUGUCCCACCGCGCCGGUCCGGCGUCCUGGAGAGGAAAUGCGAUAGCGUGGGGUGAAUCCAGCUGCCUGGCACGGGGCCUUUGGAGGGGAUGGAGCCGCUCCCCGAGCUCUACUCGAUCUUCCAGGGCGAGGUUGCUGCAGUGACAGAUUAUGGAGCAUUCAUCAAAAUCCCAGGCUGCAGGAGACAAGGCCUUGUCCACAGGACUCAGCUGUCCUCGUGCCGCGUGGACAAACCCGCCGAGAUCGUGGACGUUGGGGACAAGGUCUGGGUGAAGCUCAUUGGCAAAGAGAUGAAGGAUGAGAAACUGAAGCUCUCCCUGUCCAUGAAGGUUGUGCACCAAGGCACGGGGAAAGACCUGGAUCCCAACAACGUUUCCCUUGAUCAGGAUGAGAGGAAGAAACGCACCUUCAGGGACUACACGAGCCAGAAGAUCACGCUGGAGGCUGUCCUGAACACGGUGUGCAAGAAAUGUGGCUGCAAAGGAGUGUGUGUGACAUCCUGUCCUGCCUUCAGCCCUCACAUCCUGAGAAAGUUUCCCAAGCUCUGGAAUGAAAUCGUGGUUGUGAAGGAGAAGAAGAAGAAGAAGAAGCACAAGGCCCAGCAGUCCUCGGAGUCAGACUCGGAGAGCUCGGCCUCGGACAGCGAUGGAGCUCAGCCCUCCAGCAAGAGGCACAAGCGCUCUGGGAAGCCCAGCAAGGCUGGCAAGAAGAAGAAGAAGAAGAAGCACAAAAAGUAGCGCUGGGAUGAGCGGGGCAGGCAGGGCUGCAGCCACGGGGCAGCCAGCGGGGAUCAGCACCUCUCCUGCUCCGGGGACAGGGAAUUGCCUUCUCAGAGCGCCACGGGUGCGUGGCAUUGCAGGUGUUGACCUUGCCACAGAGGACUGAGCUGUCCUGUGUCACCUCGGGCACAGGCUGCCCCUGGUUCCACAGCUGCUGCCAGCGCGGGCUCAUGACGCUCUGCAGGCACCGCUGCCGUCCCACAGCCUCGUGUCCUGCGGGAGCUGCUGCCAGCUCCUGUGACCGCCCGUGACAGCAGCCCUGUCCUGCAGUGGUGCAGGUGGCACUGCCAGGCACUGCCAGGCCUGCACCGUGCUCCUGUGACAGCCGGUGACAGCAGCCCUGUCCUGCAGUGGUGCGGGUGGCACUGCCAGGCCUGCACCGUGCUCCUGUGACAGCCGGUGACAGCAGCUGUGUCCUGCAGUGGUGCAGGUGGCACUGCCAGGCCUGCACCAUGCUCCAGUGACAGCAGCUGUGUCCUGCAGUGGUGCAGGUGGCACUGCCAGCCCUGCACUGUGCUCCUGUGACAGCAGCCCUGUCCUGCAGUGGUGCGGGUGGCACUGCCAGGCACUGCCAGCCCUGCACCGUGCUCCUGUGACAGCCGGUGACAGCAGCCCUGUCCUGCAGUGGUGCGGGUGGCACUGCCAGGCACUGCCAGGCCUGCACCAUGCUCCUGUGACAGCAGCCCUGUCCUGCAGUGGUGCGGGUGGCACUGCCAGGCACUGCCAGGCCUGCACCAUGCUCCUGUGACAGCAGCUGUGUCCUGCAGUGGUGCAGGUGGCACUGCCAGCCCUGCACCGUGCUCCUGUGACAGCUGGUGACAGCAGCCCUGUCCUGCAGUGGUGCAGGUGGCACUGCCAGCCCUGCACCGUGCUCCUGUGACAGCCGGUGACAGCAGCCCUGUCCUGCAGUGGUGCAGGUGGCACUGCCAGCCCUGCACCGUGCUCCUGUGACAGCAGCCCUGUCCUGCAGCGGUGCGGGUGGCACUGCCAGGCCCACACCGUGCCCGGGACAGGGGUUGGUGCUGCUGGGCUCCACAAGCCCCUGGCACAGAGCUGUGCCCCGGCUCCCUGGGUCUCUGCAAACACUGGGAGUGGAGGAGCAAGGAGCAAAUGGGGGAGUGGAGAUACUGGGAGUAAACAUGAACCGUGCAGUGUUUGCUGCCUCGGAAAGGGAUGGAAAAUAAAUCUCUGCCCUCCCCA